AUGGCGCCCGCCGUAGGGGCUGCCCCAAAGUGGGCGCGGGUCCUGCCGGUGGUCGUCGUCGCCGCGUUGCUCUUCGCCGCCUCCGCGGGACGGCGCAGCCACGCGCGGACGGCCUUCCUCGUGACCGACGACGCGUCGGUGAUGAUCACGGACGAGACCGACGACGCCUGGGCCGACGCGCACGCCGGCGGCCACGGCUCGAGCGAGCGCGACGGCAACCGGCCCGACAUCGUGCUCGUCACGCUCGACGACGUCGGCAUGAACGAUCUCUGGCAGAGCUCGGACCUGCCCGUGCCGGAGAACAUCGCGACGCUCGUCGCCGAGGGCGUGGAGCUGACGGCGUACUACGGCCAGUCGAUGUGUUCGCCCGCGCGCGCGGCGCUGCUCAGCGGCAAGUUCGUGCACAAGAUCGGCUUCAGUGAUAAGUGGGGCCCGAAGCGCGAGGUCACGGCCUUUUCCAACUACAGCGUGCCCCUCGGCCACGUCCUCAUGCCCGAGGCGCUGAAGCGGAACGGCUACGGCACGCACGGCAUCGGCAAGUGGAACAUCGGCCACUGCAACGAGGCCUACCUGCCGUGGAUGCGCGGCUUCGACACGUUCGUGGGCUACCUGACGGACGGCAUCGGCUACACGGACCACGUCGCCGACGGGCCGUCGUCCUACCUCUACGACAACGACGCGCUCGACCUCUACGACUUCGUCAGCCACGAGCGGGGCGUCACGAAGAACGGGUCGGCCUACGCGGGCGCGUACACGACGGAAAUAUUCAACGCGCGCGCGGAGACGAUCCUCCGCGAGGAGCCCAGCGACGCGCCCCUCUUCCUCUGGCUCGCGCACCACGGCGUCCACGACAACGCGGGCGUGGCCGACGCGGCGACGUGCGUCGACGGCGACGACGGCGACGACACGGCCAUCUUCGCGCUCGCGGCGAGCAUGACGCGGCCGCGGUUCCGCUUCGGCUGCGCGCUCAAGGCCGUGGACCGGGGCGUCGGCGCCGUCCGCCGCGCCCUCGACGACAGAGCGCGCGAGUACGUGCUCGUCGUCCACUCGGACAACGGCGGCAACACGUGCGGGACGCACUGCAACGGCAACAACUACCCGCGCCGCGGCGCGAAGUUCUUCGAGUUCGAGGGCGGCCUCCGCGUGCCCGGCGUCGUCUACUCGCCGACGCUCAUCCCCGCGCGGCGCCGCGGCGCGGCCUACGCGGGUCUCAUGCACCACGUCGACUGGCUCGCGACCUUCGUCGCGCUCGGCGGCGGCGACGCGGCGGACCUGGACCCGUCCUACGACAGCGUCGACCACUGGGCGCACAUCGCCGGCCGCGUCUCCGGCGCGCCGCGCGACACGAUCGUCUUCGCGGCGUCGGGCGACACGGCGACGAUCCGGAGCGGCAACUACAAGCUGAUCCACCACGCGCUGAACGCGACCUACUUCCACACGUGGUUCAACGGCACGGCGAACUCCUACCCCUGGAAGUGCAACUCCAACGAGAUGGUGUCGCUGUUCUACGACGUCGUCGCGGACCCGCACGAGCGCGACGACCUCACGUACGACCCGGCCUACGCGGAGAAGCGCGCGGAGCUCACGGCCAUCUGGCUCGACGCCUGGGAGAACGAGUACUGGGUCCCGACCUUCCCCUUCGACACGCUCUCCACGGGCGCGCCCGACGCGGCCCACGCGGACCGCGCCAUCCACGCCAACGGCGGCUACCCGUCCUGCCCCUUCGUCGUCCGCGGCUACGUCGCCGACGCCGGCUGGCUCGAGAAGAGCGCGUGGCGCCGCGUCGAGCGCGCGCCGCGCCAGGACCGGCCCAUCCGCUACGACGUGCUGCCGGCCGGCCGCACCUUCCGCUACUGGGACAACAACAGCGUGCUCGCGGCGGAGGCCCUGGCGCGGCCCGUCGCCACGGACGACGACGCGCACCGCGUCCGCACGACGCCGAGCGGCCGGUCGCUCCUCGCGGCCGUGCGCGGCGCCGGCGCGGCGGCGCGCUCCGGCGGCGACUCCGGUGCCGCGGCGCGCUACGGCGGCGACGCGGCGGCGAUUUCCGUGCACCUCGCGGCGGACAUCGACCGCGCGGCCUGGAAGCAUGCCGCGUUCCUCUGGCUCCAGGAGCCCGGCGGGACGCCGCGCGCGCCGGGCCUCUGGGCCGGCGGGCCGUCGAGCGCGUCCUUCCCGCACUUUGACCUCUUCUCCAAUUUGUAUACGGUGCUCGCCGGCAGCAAGGAGGUCGUGCUCGCGCCGCCGUCGACGGCCGCGGCGGGGUUCCGCGUGCAUCCCGCGACGCACCCGCGCGCGCGCCAGGCGCGCGUCGACGGCUUCGCGAGCGGCGCCGUGCCCGCGACGCUGCGCGCGACGCUCCGCGCGGGCGACGCGGUCUUCAUCCCCUCCGGCUGGAUCCACCGCUUCACCGUCGGCGCCGACGCGGCGCUCGCGGUCGCGACGACGGCGAACCCGCCGGAGUUCAAGUACUUCGACGCCUGGGUGCGCGAUUCGCGACGCACGACGCCCUACGCGACGGCCGAGACGAAGGACUUCGUCGCGUCGACGCGGGCCUUCGCCGGGGCGCUCGUCGUCGAGCUGCUGGGCCCGGACGGGGCCGCGGCGCUCUGGCGCGAGUUCCUCGAAGCCUACGCGCCGGAGACGCGCGCGGAGGUCGGCCUGCCGCCGCGGCGGUCGCGGCCCGUGCCGCCCUGCCCCGAGGCCGGCGCGGACGACGCCGCGCGCGCGGCCGACGCCGCCGUCGCCGCGGCCGCCGAGUUUCGACGCGCGUUUCGGCCGGAGCUCCUGCGGCUCUACCUGCCGCUCUUCGUCGGCAACCUCCUCACGAAGAUCUCGCGCCAGCGCGCCAUGGCGAACCUCUUCGCGGACGUCCUCGACUUCGUCGACGCCUGCCUCCUCGAGGACGAGGACGCGUCGGACGCGAACGGCGAUGGAGGCUCCUAA